GAGGGAAUCCAGCUCUCUGCCUCUCUCACGCUCUGGAGUUUAGUCAGUCUGCUCCAGCUGCCGACUGCACGGCACGCAGCGAGAGAGACUGAAAGUGGCAGACUGGGGUGUGUGUGUGGAAGAAAUGGACCUGAACCUUGACCCGUUCAUAUCAUGAGAGUGGAGGAUAAGUUUUGCAUCUUGGAGUUGAUGACAUUUGUUUUUUUCAUCGAUGUUUUGGAUUUUCUUCUCGUGCCUAAAUGCUGUCACAGGGCAAAAUGCACUCCAGGGCGAAGUCUCGCAGCUGUGAUAACUACCUGAGUAUUAAGGACGCGGAGUCUUUGGACAACUGCAUCCAGAGCACCUUGUCUGCGCUGUACCGUCCCUUCAACACCACCGCCUCCACCGUGCUGUGGCAGCUCUUCAGCGUGGUGGAGAGGCAGUACCGCGGAGACGGCCUCCGCUGCCUCAUUGACUUCUUGCUUCCUGCCAAGAGGAUCCUGCAGAUCGUCCAAAAGGAGAGCUGCGUAAAGUUCAGAGGCCUGUUGUUCUAUCACGAGGGGUGGCCUCUCUGCAUUCACGAGAAAGUCGUCCUGCAACUUGCGCCGCUGCACAAGGUCCGACUGAAGCAGGGAGACUUCUACUUACAGGUAGUUCCUCUGGGGCGCAAGGCCGCGAAGCUGGUGAUAAAAUGCCUGUCUGCCAGCGGGCAGGCCAUCGCCGAGAUCCCCGUUCCAGAGAGCAUGUAUGGCAGCGUCUUCACGGCUGAGUUCCUGCAGAAUGUGACACGGGAUCGGAACCUGCACCCGCUACAGAACUGCCUGCUCACCACCGGGACGGCCGUGUACAAGACGCCGUGGAAGAACGUGGUCCGCCCGCUGUUUGUCAGCAGCACGGCGGAGGCCAUCAUGCAAGCUCACUGCGGCGGCAGCAGAGGCAGCUUCCGGGGCCACCUCAGCACCUGCAGCACCAGCGGCUCCACGGGGACUCUGGACAGCCACCGCAGCUCCAGGGAGUCCCUGGUCUCUCUGGGAGCGGACUCCAUCUUUUCCGAGCCCACCUCCCCAAAGACGAACCGCUCGGACUCCUGCGGUGAGAACCGGAGCGCUUGUAGGGACAAACCCGCAACGCCGAUCAUUAAAAUAGAAGGACGCGUAGAGGAGUGCGGUAAAGACAUCGGAGAUGAGGACGCCAGCGAAAGAAAAAGAGAGUCAGGGUCUAGUAGGCUCUCCUUCGACGCGGACCUCGGCAACGCAGACUUUCGACGCCGCCCGAGAGACUCCGUUGGGUCCAACGGAAGCAGCAGGCGACGUUUCAGGGAAUCCUACAUGGAGGCCCUGCAGAACCCAAUGGCCCUCGGGUCCAGCUCCGAAUCCAUUUUGGAGGAAAGCCCUGAACACAACGCCGGCUCGAGAGAGCGAGCCGUCACACCGGGGAGCAGCCCCGACACCCGCACCUCACCCAGAGAACAUUUGACCUGGAAGUUCGGCAGCCGGAGCUGGCUGGGCAGUGAUGAGUCCAGACCCAACACGCCUCUGUUUUACCUGCAGAAGGGGCUACGCAGUGCCGAGAGGCGGGCGGACCGGCGCUCCAAGUCGCUGGAGAGGACUAACAAGACAGGCCAGGUUAAAGGCCACCGAGAGCGGUCCUCCUCUGGAGGCUCAACGGGCGGCUCUCCCAAAAAACUGAUGAACGGUUACGCGCGUCGCUUUGGGAAGCUGGACGUGGAGGCUGUGCUCCCAGGAAACGAGAGGAGAAGCAGCAAAGAGGACUCAGGUCAGCGUAUCGACGGCAUUGGCAACGACGUGAGACGGCACAGAACAACUGUUGAAGAACUGCACAGUCCCAGAGCUUCAAACGGGAUGACCCUGAGUCCAGGUCCUGCCCAGAACUCGUCCUGCGAUUAUAAUUCAGCCUUUCCCAAACUGCAGUCAGAAAUCAACCAGGAUCUGCUCACUUCAGGGGCUGUGAUCUUACCAGGAAACAGAGACCGCGGGGGGAGACCAGUGCUUCAGGUGUGCACACGAGCUCAAGUGUGGGCGUGUGAGAGCCUCACAGUCAGCGACGUAACGUGUUUACUAGACUACUACCACUCAACUCUGAGGAAAGAAAGGCGUGAUCAUGGUCUGGCUGUUGUAAUAGACAGCAGAAGACAGCCGCCUGCUCCAGCUCUGUUGUCAUCUCUGUUUGAAUUUCAGGCUUUAGUACCAAAUGCACUUUAUUCAGUUCUGUUCUUGGCGGACAAAGACGGAGCAGCCAAACUGGACAGAGAUAUUGCCGUACAGACUGAGACGCUUUCAUCCCUGAAAGCGCUGCUGAAGCACAUCGACCAAAGCCAGCUGACGCGAGACCUGGAGGGCACCUUCCUUUACGACCACAACCACUGGAUCAGCUUCAGACAAAAAAUCGAAGCAUUUGCCAGCAGCUGUAGCGCUGCCAUCGCCUUCCUUCAGGAGUCUAGCAGAACACUGAGCGCUGCUGGAGAGCUCAAAACCUCCAAGGAGGUGUCUGAGGUGUUAGAACAGCAGCGGCAUCUCAUGAAGAGCGUCCUAGAUGACACCCGUCUGAACAGACUGCGUCUGGAAGGAGGGACUGUUCUCGCCCGCUUCAGGAAGGAGGAGGCUUGUGAGAAUGAAAACUACAGAGAUGCGGUUGAGAUGUUGAACGCGCUGUACAACCAAGUAGAUGAAGAAGUUCAUAAACUGGUGAUCCUGUCCAACAAGUCUCAGAAGGAGUUGGAGAAUCUGCUGGAGGUUCACACGUUUGAGGAGCAGACACAACAGAUAAAACGCUGGUUUAGCAUAGAGGGAGAGAAGCAGCUUCUACCUCUGGAGUCGGUAACUCUGUCUAUGAACAAAAUAAAGGAGAUGAGAGAGAGUUUGGAGCAGUUCCUGGAGGAGUCAGAGCACCAGACGAGGCUCCUGAAACAGUAUCCCAAGUCCCUCCCAGACUCGGCCGUAUGCAACUUUAAACAACACCUGGGGCCUGUCUUAAGCAGAGUACACGAGAGGAAGGCGAAGUUAGAAAUCCUAACAAACCUCUAUGAGUUCUAUGACUCGGCGGAGCAGUGGAUGGAGCACUGCCAGGAAUAUUUCCAUCAGCUGAGUCUGGACGGCUUAGAUCAGAGCUUUCCGCCGUCUGUGGUGAAGGUCUUGCAGGAUUACUGCACCGAGGCGUCCAAAUUCUCCAAGGACAACUUCAGCACUCUCAACAACAUGGUGCUCUCGCUGAAGUGCCCCCAGCAGCUGCAGCGGUGGAACACCGUGUGGCACAAAUGCCAGCAGACCAAACAGCAGCUGGAAAGGACCUUAUCUCGAGCUUUGUUGUCCGCCCAGAACUCCGACGCUGCCGGUACGGGGGGUUCCUCACCGGCCGCGGAGAUUUGCGUGGCGCCUCCGGAUCUCCCGGGAGCUAACGGAUUCCUGCACUUACCCGGAGCUAUCACCUCACUUACGUUCGAGGACAGCAAGAGCCUCUCUGCCGAACCUUUUUCCAGCAGCCCCUCUGGCUCCAUCUCGUCUCCGUCGCACUUCGCUUUCCCCGCCGACAGAGAAGACAAGCUGGGGCAGAGCUCGUGCACUCUGGACGACACGGACAGCGACUGCACCAUCGACUCGACCGUCUCCUGCCACUCGGAGCCCGUGUACUCCAAGGCCACUCGGCUUCGGAAGCACCCGAUGAAGAAGAUCAUGAAGAAGACCAUGAGCUACGAGCUGACGCCGAGAGACGGCGGCCACUCGGACGUCAGCCACAUUCACGGCUACACGGGGGUCUACAUCAAGGGUUUGGAGGUCACAAACAACGUGUCAGCGGAGAAGAAGCUGCUGAGGCCCGACGUGACGAGUCCUGCUUUGGGACGCAGUCGCAGCAUGUCCACGCCUUCAAGGACGCACGACAGACACGGCGAAGGCGAUGGCAAUAAACAGAGCAGUAAAGUCCUGCACAUCAUGGAUGAAAUGAUUUCGACGGAGAGGGAGUACGUGCGCUCUCUCAGCUACAUCAUUGAGCACUACUUCCCUGAGAUGGAGCGCCUUGACUUGCCCCAGGACCUGCGUGGCAAGCGCAGCAUCAUUUUCGGGAACCUGGAGAAACUGUGGGACUUCCACAGCCAUUACUUCCUAAAGGAGCUGGAGGCCAGCGCUCACUCCCCGCUGAGCAUCAGCAGCUGUUUCCUGCGACAUGAGGAUCAGUUUGGGAUGUACGCUCUGUACAGCAAGAAUAAGCCACAGUCAGACGCUCUGCUCAGCAGCCACGGCAAUGAGUUCUUUAAGAAUAAGCAGCUGGAGCUUGGAGACAAGAUGGAUCUGGCGUCCUACCUUCUCAAGCCCAUUCAGAGGAUGAGCAAAUAUGCACUGCUGCUCAAAGAUCUGAUAAAAGAGUGCAGCUACUCCCAGGAACAGGAGCUGAGUGACCUCCGCACUGCAGAGGAGAUGGUGAAGUUUCAGCUUCGGCACGGGAACGACCUGCUGGCCAUGGAUGCAAUCCGCGGCUGUGAUGUGAACCUGAAAGAGCAGGGUCAGCUCCGCUGCCAGGAUGAGUUCAUCGUUUGGUGCGGACGCAGGAAAUACCUCCGCCACGUCUUCUUGUUCGAGGACCUCAUCCUCUUCAGCAAGACCAAGAAGAUAGAGGGAGGAUAUGACAUUUACAUCUACAAACAGUCCUUCAAAACAGCAGAGAUCGGCAUGACGGAAAACGUCGGCGACAGCGGCCUUCGUUUUGAGAUCUGGUUCCGUCGGAGGAAGUCGCAGGACACGUUUAUACUCCAGGCCAGCUCGGCUGAGGUCAAGGCAGUGUGGACGGCUAUCAUCGGGAAGAUCCUCUGGAGGCAGGCCCUCAGAAACAGAGAGCUGCGUAUGCAGGAGAUGGUGUCCAUGGGGAUUGGAAAUAAACCUUUUAUGGACAUUAAGCCCAGUGAUGCAGCCAUCAGCGACAGAGCCAUUGACUACAUCAUGAAGGGGACAGAGUGUCGGACGAGGGCGUCCAUCGCAGUGUCAUCAUUCGAGCACUGCGCUGCGUUUAAGAGGCCCCACUCCACCAUCUCCAACAGCAGCACCUCCUCCUCCAGCAGCCAGUCGUCCUCCUCCCUCCUGGGCUCGCUCAACCUCCACCUCUACUCCUCGCCGUCCCACCUGCACCCACACCUGUACCCCAUGGGCAGCGUGGCCUCCUUCGCCCAGUGGCCGUACGACUGCAUAGAGGAGGAUGAGCUGGAGCAGGACGUCGUGAGCAGUCAGCCCUCCAUGAUCACUGAAAGCUCAGAGACGUCCUCCUCCCAGUGCAACUCCAGUGACAGCGUAACUGGGCUCAGCGCCCUCGCCACCCCCGGACCCCCCAGCGUCAUCAUGGAGAACAGCGAGCCGCCUGAUUUCUUCUGCUCCUCCACGCCGCCUGCCUCCGUCGAGAACCCGUCGAUGUUUCACAAAGAUGAAGAUCUCCAACCGCAGGCCGCCAACUUCAUCACGGCUUUGUGAAGCUUUCGUGCAGCACAUUUCACACAGAGGAAAAAGGAAGAUGGAAAUAAAGGACGAAUCGACUUUUGGAGCACUAAGACUUUAUUGAACGAAACUCAACCAGAAAGGGGCAUUGUAUGAUGAUAUUGUACAUCACUAACACUAACACAUGAAAAU